AAAAAAUUAUUAUUUUAUGGCAUCCAAACUAUGUUGACUGACAUUCUAAUUUUUCAGUGCAUCUAUGUAGUAAAAACAGCAUUCCUCGUACCUGUAGUAUCAUAUCUUGUGGUAGGUAUAUUAAUUUUUACCCUGGCAACAGAUUGCUACAAUCUAUGCUACCGAUAAGUUAAAUAAACGAUAAAGUAAAAACUGGGAAAGAAUAGCAGUCAUAAGACUACGCAUCUUUCCAAAAUAAAUGUAAUUGUAGUAAUUAAAUCUAAUCUUAAAUAACUGGAAUUACUCUUGCAACAUGUUGCUAAAGAUUAUAUUAGCUUUGUUCAUCUAACAGUUGUAAGUAUCACCUAAAAGUAAUCGAGAUAGAAAUAAGGUUAUCUAUAUAUAAAUGAAAGGUGUGAUAUCACAAUAAUCUUAGUGGCCAAUCGACCGGCCCAAAACGUGAAAUUGUCUGUUCAUCGAAGUGUUCUCACAAAAAAUCCCUUGAUGCGAUGUGUAAGAAGUGGCGCCGUCUUUUUGAAACCAAAUGUCCCCGGGAUCAGAAGCUUUAAUUUCGGGCAUCAAAUAGUCGGUUAUCAUGGCGCGAUAAUGGUCGCCAUUGACAGUUAAGUUCUCACCGCUAUCAUUUUUGAAGAAAUAUGGUCCCAUGAUGACAUUGGCCCACAAACUACAAGAAUCCGUUGUUUUUUCUGCAUGAAAUGGCAGCUCUUCAAUCUUUUCAGGUUGCUCUUUACAUACCCAUUAAGAGCCUAUAGAGCGAAGCAAUGUCGUUUGGGAAUAUUGAGCGGCUUCGGUUAUUGCUUCUGCUUACUUUCUUGUUACAAAUAAACGCGCAUACCAAUUUCUGUAAGAUAUCCCAAUUUUUACUCUAGUUACAGCAUGCACGGGCGGACGACGGACAGACAGAUAGUGACCCGGAUUUCAACUCGUCUUGGCUUCCAUUUUCGAAACAUCUUCAAAUACGGACACGUAUGAUAUGUCGACAAUAGCGGCUACAUUAAAUGUAAUAUAUUGAUGUAUAAACCAUCAACCAAACCAGCCUCGGAUGAGAGACCUCCUUUUGACGACCACUGCAAACGAAAUAAGGAUUACGAUUUAAAGUUAUGCACCUGGAAUGUCCGGUCCCUAAAUUGGGAAGGUGCCGCUGCCCAGCUGGCUGAUGUUCUCGUUAGGGUGAAGGCUGACAUAACCGCUUCUACGAAAUGCGAUGGACAACACAAGGACUGAGACGAGUAUGUCCUUUUGGCAUAUACUACAGUGGCCAUAUAAAGGAGUGCAAAUUGGAUGUGGAAUUCUCAUUCAACCCGGUGAAAGAAUGUCUAGCCACAAUCCUCAUCAAAACGAAGUUCUUCAACAUAUCGCUGAUUUGCGCGCACGCCCCGAUGGAAGGAAACGUCCGGUGUGUUUUACGUGGGCACCUGCUGACGACAGCCUUACUCCACGGCGCUCAAAAGCACAGCGGAUCAAAUCAAUGCGUUGAUCAGCGCCCUGAGAAUGCAAAGCAUUUUCAGUACCAAUUGGCGGUGUGGAAUGGACACACUAACCACCUUGGUAGGGUUCGAGGCCCAUCUAAAACCUCUGCCGUGCUUUGGGUCCGGCACCCGGUUGCAAUGCAACUCCACAUUCAACUGACAAAGUCAGUUCUUCCCGCGAUUUGGGUUUUAACCACAACCACCACGAUACUCCCCGAGGAGCCAGUCCGCACGAGCAGGUUGGAGCGAACUCCAAGGGCUCCUGCUCCCCGUGGUACCAGAAUUAAGUCUCCGGUCAGACCUCGUAGCCGAAACUACUACCAGUUGAGCUUCCAUACGGCUCUGGACUGAUGGCCAGGGGUUGGACCCCAUACACACAUCACUUACACACACCAAUCAUACAGAAACUAACCCUAACUUCCAGCUAACCGCCUUCGCCGCUUAAACAGUUCACGCGCAAACGACCCUAACUGUUCGGUAUUCCGACUAGUGGAGAUCACACCACUAACAUCUAAUUGUCCAUCAGUCCAGCUAAUCCCCAUACCACCCAAAUCCCUAAUGUCCGAGUACAUCGGGCACUCCGCAAUCAAAUGCGACCAAUUUUCUAACCCCGCCCCACAAAAACACCCCGACGUAUCCGAAAGGUGCCUCUGAUGCAAAAAUGCAUUCAGAGGCCCAUGCCCCGUAAGCAGGAAACCCAGACUCAGACAAAAUCUGAAGUCUGGGUUAUCCACAACGAACCCCACGUCCCGAAUGUACUCGUACGUCACUCGGCCGUUAGGACUAUUGUCCCAACGUUCUUGCCACCUACACCUAACCCUAUCAUCUAGGAGCCUCUUGCUCCCUAGAUAUCCCUCCCUCUCCACAUCAUCGUCAGAAAUCCAGUCAUUCCGCAGCAAUGACACACUCAAGCCCAUUCUUAACCUGAAUGCAACAGCACGCUGUAUGACAAUCAGGUCAAGAGGGGGUGCACCUAACAAGACCUGCAUCGCAUCCGUAGAGACGGUGCGACAUACAGGCAAACAUGCAAGCAUCAUGCAACGCUGGAUUGAGAGGAGUUUUUGAGACCCCCAGACAGUCGUGGCUGUCUCCCACCAUACAGGGGCUCCAUAAGUGGCACAGGCCACAAACAAGCCACGAUAUAUGGUGCGGACAGCACGACGUCCGAGACCCCAAUCGCUCCUCAAAAUCCGUCGUAUUUUGCCUACAGUUGCCUGCAGUCGCUCCUUUACACUCGCCAAGUGUGGAGUAAAACACAUCCUUUCACUCAUGGUCAGUCCCAGAUAUUUGACGUGCGUCACAUAUCUGAUGCUGACCCCGUUCACACGGACAAUCGGUGGACGACCCGAUGACAAUCUACCUUUCAGCAGCAUUGCCACCGUUUUGUCCAUCGAUAUGUCGACCCCCACACCUAAACCCCAAGAAUUUACGAUCUCUAAGAGAUCUCCUCCCGCCCGUUCUAGCUCAGACCUCGAGCGACCUUCGACCAUAAGAAGAAGGUCGUCCGCAUACGCACAACAUUUACAGAGUGGCUCGAGCUGCCCAAGCAGAGUGUCCAUCAUAAGGUUCCAAAUAUAUGGACUACAGAUGGAACCCUGCGGGCAGCCUCGAACAACUCCGAUCUCUACACUCCCAUUCAUGCCGACAAGAGAGGCCUUUCUGUCCGAAAAAUAACUCCGCCAAAGAGAAAUUUCCGGACAGCCAAGCUCCUCCAGCCGUUGCACCACUCGAUCCCAGCUUAGGUAAUCAAACGCCCCCUUGAAGUCAACAAAUAUGCCGAGGACAUAUUUGUUGACAUUCUCCCUAACGACACUCUGAACGUAGAACCAUGCAUCCUCUAUACUGCGUCCUUUCCAAACUGCCUAUCCGACCACAUACCCCGCGUUAGCUCCUGAAGCCGUUCCACCAUGACUCUUUCCAGCACUUUUCCAAGUACUGGAAGGAGACUGAUGCCCCGAUAAGAUCGAGGAUCGCUCCUGACCUUAUCAGGGGACUUCAGGAGAGGAACAACCCUAGCACUUUUCCACUCGCGUGGAAAGUAUCCCUCCCAGACGCACUUAUCAUAAAUGGCCUCCAGGUAUUCCGGAAUGAACUUCCAUAAGCUUUUACACAUCUCUCCGUUCAAACCAUCAAAACCUGGGGACCGUUUAGACCUAACCAGGCCAAAGGCGUACCCCAACUCCCCAUCAUCUAAUGGAGGGACAGGCACCUCUUGUGCUUGAGGUACCUGCACCUCCGACCUGGGAAAGAACGCACCUAACAGAACCCCCGCACACUCUCUCCACGACGAUAACAAGGUGUCACCGACGCGAAGAGAGGUGACAUCCUCCCUCCUACGACCCCGGCAGAUCCUAUAGACCUGACCCCAGGGGUCGUUCCUAUUUUCCCUAACAAAGCUCCUCCACUCUUCCUCUUUAACUUUAACUAGCAUCUCUUUAUACUCCCUAUCCGCACAACUAAAUUCAUACCUAAGCUGGGACAGCCUAUCAGAAUUGGACCGCCGGGCGCGUUGAAACUUUCGCCUCAAUCGCCUGACAGUCCUCCUCUUCAAGGUUAGCUCACGCGUCCACCAUUUGAUUUUACUAACCUUAGAACAGUCAUACCUACGAAAAACCCUAUCAUUAACCCCCCAAACAACCUCAUAGAGACGAGCAAUCUGCUCGUCAACUCCCAACUCAACAAAUUCACUAAGCGGUAUUUCAAAUACCGCUUCCCUAACCGAGAGUCCAUAUUGGUUCCAGUCAGUACCAGCGGUACGCCAUCGCCGGUACGCCAAUACCGCUUCCCUAACCGAGAGUCCAUAUUGGUUCCAGUCAAUACCAGCGGUACGCCAUCGCCGCAAUGGACUCUCAUAAGGCAAGGGAGGGGAUUGAGGGGUAACCAUAAUUUGAAUCAAAUUAUGGUCACUCAAUCCCCACCCUCCCUUUACCUCCCAUCUAAAGCUAAAAGCCCUACUUGCUGCCUCAUUCAUAAGCGUCACGUCAAAGUCACUUACGCCCCCAGGCCCAUCAAACGUAUACCAUUCACUUGGCUCAUUCAAAAUGUGGAGGCCUUUAGCCACCACCCAUUCGCUUAAUGCCUCGCCUCGACUGUGGCUUUGGUAUCCAGACGAAUGCCGGGAUACCUUACUAAACCACAUCGAGGACGAGGCAUUCGCAUCCAGCCCUAGGAUAAAUGGACUGCUACUCGCAAGUAGUAGCAGCUUAUCCAUGUAGCCCAGGUAGGGCUCUAGGGGCUCGCUGUAUUUACAAUACAAACUAGCGGCGAUCAUCCUACCGAACUCCCCUUCUAUCGCUACCCGAUGGAAGGAAAGGACGAUGUGACCAAAGAUGCCCUCUAUGAGCGCUGUAAACGCACCCAUGAGUAGUGCCCCGCAACGAUUUCAAAAUCGUGUUUGGCGACUAUAACGCCAGGGCGAACGAGGAAGUUAUCUUUAGCACAGCAGUCGGUAACGCCAAAUUCAGCUUCCACAAGAAACAUCCCCAAAUAAGUUGGGAUUGAUCGACUAUGAUCAUCUGUAGUACUAGAUUUCAGCAAAGAAAAAUUCCACAAGCUACUGGCUGUCUGCCUCUGUGCAGCAAAAAACGCAUGCCAACAAACACAAGGAAUGUUCGACGUCGAGAAGCUGCAAUCACAACAGACAGCCGAACAAUUUUUCUACCCGAAUUGCACUCCUCCUCUUUGAGAGCACUCGACAAGAACUCGGUAUAAGGGAGCUGUGGAACGGCACUUCAAGCUCCUUACGUACAGCUGCAACCAGAACUGUACUUGGGAAAAUUCAAAAGAACAACUGGUACGAUGAGGAGUGUCGGAUGGGAUAGAUACCAAGAGUUGAAGAGGGUAGCGACAAAAAACGAAAGAGGCCGAAAGGCAUGAGUUUGAAGAGCCGGAAAAGCUGGCCGAUUAGGGUAAUGCUCGAAAAUUCUAAAAAAAAAGAUGCGGCGACAUACAGAAGGUUUUAAGACCGGAGCAUACUCUUGUAGAACCAAGAGCUUACUAAAAUUAUGGAGGGAACACUUCUCCAGCCUGCUGAAUGGCAGUGAAAGCAUAACGAUAGGAGAAGGCGAACGCAAUUCCCCAAUCGAUGACGACGGAGCAAACGUUCCAUUGCUCAACCAUGCUACACUAGCCAGAAACAAUAAACAAAUGCUUUUGAAACUUAAUAAAAUCCAAACAGCUGUUUCAAAUUAUUUUUUUUUGUAUGUAUUUAAACAUUGACUUUAAAAAUAACACAAACAUUUUUAAUGAGUAUUUCGUUUGUUAGAAAAUAAAAUAAGACACAUUUUCCUGUGAAUUCUAAAAAUAAGUAUCAGAAAAAGUCUUCGCUCAUAUAAUAAGCAAUUUUUAAAUCAAUACAAAUAAAUGUAAUAAGUAACUGGUAGGAUAGCCCCGUCGUUUUAGAACUUCAGCCAGUCUUUUGGGCAUCGAAUGCACAAGUUUCGUUGUUUCUUCCGCGGAUAUUUUGGACCAUUCUUCCAGGAUGACAUUUUUCAGCAUGUCCUUGCUGGUGAUGGUAUGAGUGGGGAUUCUGCGUUCCAAUAGAGCCCACAAAUGCUCUAUGGGGUUGAGGUCAGGAGAUUGUGGAGGUGUAUGUAACAACUUUGGAGCAUUAUAUAGGAGCCAAAGGCGCACAAUGUCAGCAGUGUGCUUUGUGUCAUUGUCCUGCUGAAAGUAAAACACCCCUGGUAACCCCAAUUUCACAGCACUUUCUUUCAUUUUUUGCUUCAAGAUAUUUAAGUAAACAAACUUAUUCAUUAUGCAAUCAAUGAAUUCUAUUUCCCCUACUCCACUUGCCGACAUACACCCCCACAGCAAAACUCCUCCGCCACCGUGUUUCACCGUCGAUGAGAGAUUGUGGACAUCCAACGCCGUGCCAGAUUUCUCCAUACCAAUUGCCUUCCUUUUAUUCCAAAAAUGCAAUAUUUUGUUUCAUCGGACCACAAAACUGAUUCCCAAAAUGAUAGAGGCUUAUUUAUUUGCUCGUUGGCGAACGCUAAACGCUUCAUACGAUUUUUUAGGGAUACAAACGGCUUUUUACGUGCUACUCUAGCUUUAAAACCAGCCCUUUUCAAAAUUCUUCUAGCCGUAUCACUACAAAUUUGUUUUUGAAAUCGUUCUUUAACAUCUUCCGCUAUCUGCGCAGACGUAAGGCGGGGAUUUCUUUUACCAAAGAUAUAACUUUCCUUGUUUCCCGGUCUGUUAAUAUUUUUGGGCGACCGGAACGAGGUUUUGAAGUAAUGAUUCCAGUUGUGUUAAAGGCUUUGAUAACGUAUCUAAUUGAAGACUCAGCUCUACCAACUAUUACUCUAAUUUCGCGAAAAGUUUUAAUCAUUUCUCUUAAUUUUGUAAUAAUUUUUCUUUCAUCCACUCCAAUUUCUUUUCGUUUUUCGUUCAUUGUUACUAAAAUAAAUUAUUUUAAAACAAACCUGUUGCAAGACCACAAAUUGUUACUUACAGCUUACGAAUUUUUAACUCUGUAAAUAAAUAAUCAAUAAAGCAGCGUCUUAUUACAGUCCCACGUUAAAAUAAACUAAAUCUGCUCGUUUCGUUCAAGCCUAACGGAAAAUAUGCCGUUAUCUUAGUUUCUAUGCAAACAAUUUUAACAAUAUUUUGCACACGUGUUGCUUAAGCUAUAGCUAACUGAUGUUCUCAGAAUUUUUGCUUCAAUAUAAUGUUAAUAAUAUUAUUUGCAAAAAAUGAAAAUUAAAAAACCAUUAUACAUUUAGUUUAAUCAAGUAUAACUUAUGAUUUAAGAUCAAUGUUACAUAUAAUUCUAAGAUUUAAGUGGAGAAAAGCUGAUCCGAACCUCCUCCAUCCGUUGAAUCCGCUGACUUUCAAAAGAAUUAUUGGCAGGUAGAACGCACAGUUUGUUGACAGCUCGACGCAUGAUGCCUGUAGACGUUCGCAGAAUGUCUACUUUUGCAACACCGUUUGAGUGACGAUGUCUGUAACACGAGGUAAGGGCCUUUUAAAAAGCGCGGAAUUUGCAUCAUUGAUGCAUAACAAUUUUUAAUGUUUGGUUGGGUGUAUAUACAGUAUACUCUCGAAAAGUAAAAGGAAAAAUAAAUUUUUUAAUUUUACAAAAUUUUUUAAUUUACUUUUCAGAGAGUGUGAUAAAAAAUUCGAAACGAAGCAAGCAGCGUUUUUUACGAUGUUGCAAAAACACAAGAUAUGUACAUAUGUACUUACCAUUUUAGUUCCUCAUUUGUUUGUGCUAUAAUUUUUUUGUUUUGCUAUUGCCUUACAUAUGUACAUACCUACAUAUUUCAAUAUGUAACGAUGCUUCGUUAAAAUUCCUUUUCUUUGCAUUUUUUACUGAGAAUGUAGGUAACGGUAAAUAAUAUUGUAUUUGCACUUUUUAUUGAGUAUCGCGUCGCUUGUUUUACAUGCUGUAGUUAUUAUUGAUGCAUCACUUGACAAGAAUAGUUAUUACGCAAAUUUUAAGUCUUCAAAAAUGUCAAAAAAGCAAAAUAUAAAACAAACAAGAUUGAGCUUAGUUAAAAAACAGAGAUCAUUGCAAAAAUUGACAAAGGUGUAAGUGGUAAACGGUUGGCAUUUGAUUAUGGUGUUUGUGAAGCAAUAAUAACAAAAAUUAAGAAGAAGAGAUUUGAAAUUUUAGAAGCAGUUUCAAAUUCAUAUGGUGAUUUACACAGGAAAACACUGCAUAAACCAGAAUUUAUUGAACUGGAACAAAAAAUUUAUGAUUGGUUUUUGACGCAAAGGCAACGCAAUUGUAAUGUUAAUGGCGCAAUGUUAAAAUCAAUCUCUACAAGUGAUGGAUGGCUGACAAACUUUAAGAAACGAUAUGGGAUUCGCAAUCUUAAAAUUUGUGGUGAAAUACUUUCGAGCGACACAACAGAAAUAACUCCUUUUAUUCACAAGUUACGGGCCACAAUGGAUGAAAUGGGGAUAACCGAGGCACAGUUAUACAAUGCGGAUGAGUCUGGUCUCCUUUACCGUAUGCUGCCAGAUCGCACAUUCGUAGCAGCAACUGAAAAGACUGCACCUGGCCGAAAAAUACUAAAAGGAAGGAUAACCCACAAAUUGAAACCCUUGGUGAUUGGUAAAUCUGCAAAUCCACGUUGUUUUUACGGAUUCAACAAUCCAUUGGAAUACGUAAAUUCUAAAAAAGCGUGGAUGAACUCCCAACUGUUUUCUGAAUGGUUUCACAAUUCGUUUACUAAACAGGUUCGUACUUUUUGCUCUGAAAAUAAUUUACGACAUAAGGCAUUGUUGCUAGUUGACAAUUGUACAGCUCAUAAGCCAAUUGAACGGCUAAAGUCUGAUGACGGUAACAUUGUAACAAUGCUUCUACCACCGAAUGUGACAGCGGUAAUACAGCCAAUGGAUCAAAAUCCGAUAAGGCUAGUUAAAUUGGGCUACAGAAGAAAACUUUUAUGCAACAUUAUUGCACAGGAACAUUUGACCAUUACAUUAACAUUAAAGCAACAUUCCAUUCGUGAUGCAAUAAUGUUGCUAAAGUCGGCUUGGGACGAAUUGCCACAAACCGUGUUGAUCAGCGCUUGGAACAAAAUAAGAAAGUGGGAUGGUAAUGAGUACGAUGAGGAAGAUAAUAUUCCAUUGGCUCAACUUAUUGAAACGAGUGUGAAUGACGAAUACGCUCAAUUACUCCAGGAAGUGUUAUUAUUGUUGGAGAGGGUGGGUAAUAACACUGUAAUUGAUAGUGAGGACAUUGAAAACUGGAAUGACGACAAAGAAACUGCCGAUGAAAUAGAAAUUUUGUCAGACAUUUCAUAUGGAGAAGAAGUCAGUCAAAGCGUAAACAACUUGAUCCACUGGUUUAAAAAUGAAAACGAUGCAAAUCAGGUGUCAGACUUUUUGAAUUGUCGUACAAUAAUGGUCAGAAAAUUAAUUGCAAAAGAAAAAAACAAAAUAAUAUUCAAGAUUUUUUCUCUUCAUAGUAAAUACAUAUGUAUGUAUGUAAAUGUAAAUAUGUUUUUCAUGUAAAUCCAUAUGUUUUAUUGAAGCAACUAAAUGAAUGAAUUUUUUAAGUUUAAAAAUGCAUUUAAUAUUAUAAAAACAGAUAAUUUAUGUAUAUAUUUGGAAAAGUAAAUUAUUCGAAAAAGUGAAUUACCCAAAAUACCAAUCGAUUUACUUUUCGAGAGUAUACUGUACCACUUCGCUCAUUGUUGUGUAACAGACAACAAGCCAAAUUUCAAUUUUGUUAAGAUAACGAUCCUAAACACAAGGAGUAUAAUGUGAAGAUAUUGACAAUAUAUAACUACGGUAGAGUACCUGUUCAGAGACUGGACUUAAACUCCAUAGAAAACUUGUGGGCGUAUUUGAAGAAACAAGUCGUUAAAAGGCAACCAAAGAACAUGACAACACUUACACCGCACUUCUGGAGGAGUGGCAUAAUAUUACAAGAAUAUACCCAGCAACUACGAUAUGGAAAAUUUAAUUCAUUCCAUUAAAAAAAAAAGACUGCAAUGUGUUAUCAAUGCUAAAGGUUAUCAUACGUAAUAUUAAUUGUAUGUAUGUAUAUUAAAGCCAAAAUAUUAUUUAGUAUGUACUUGUAUAUCGUCACCUGAAAUGCAAAACAACGUAACAUCACAUUUCGUAGGUUUACAGGAGAAACAAAAACCCGUAUAAAAAGAAAACCACUUGAGAUAUUAAAAUAAAGUUUACAAAUCUGAAUCAACAUGAAACCAUACAUAAGUAAGUAUAUUUUAGAUAAAAAAUAAGAAAAUUUUA